ACUUUAUCAUAAUUAUUUACUUAUUGAUUUUCUGAUUCCAUAUUUAAGACAAGAAUUAGAAAUUUUAAGCUACUAUACACAGUAUACAUGAUUUGGCUAUAGCUAAUUGAAUGCAUCAAAGAAUUGCUUUUUACUUUCGCCAUGUCUGACGAAAAGCAGUCCCCCAAAUCUCCCUUUUUCGAUGAAAACUUGAACACACAGCAAGAUGAGGAAAGCACUUAUUCAAUGGAUGUAGAAAAUGCCAACCUGCAUACUUUUGAUGUUUUGAGUUCCAAUAAUCCUACUUGCGAUAUAGCGCUUAGUCAACUUGCUUUACAAUUAAUAGAGAAUCCGACUUCCACACCAAAGAGUGAGGGUGAUCAAAUAGCAGCUUUGGAAAGCACUUCGGAUCAAAUGGCACAGUUGAAAAAAGCUGCGGAAGGCGUGUUGGUUCCAGAAAUUGAUCCAAAGGGUGAUUCAGAAAUUGCCGCGAAUCCGAAGGGUGAUUCAGAAAUUGCCGCGAAUCCGAAGGGUGAUUCAGAAAUUGAUAUGGAUCAAAUUGCAGCUUCCGAAAGCGAAAAUCUGAGUGUGGCUUCAGGCAGUCUAUCCCAGGUAUCUUUAUGGGAUGAGGCUUCUCUCGCACUACCUGAACCUCCAAGAAUCGACAUCAUAAAUGGUUUAGUCAGGGAGCAUUUUCCAGCCUUGUUUGCAGAAGGAAAUCGGCUGAGAGAUAUAUUUGGUAUAACAAAUGUUCCAGAUAAUAUUCUGAUUGAAUUGCAGCAUAAGUGUCUCUUUAUUCUAUAUCAAAAUAGAGUUCAUCGUGAAGGUGAUAAUGUGGAUAUUCUUCUAUCUGGGGCUUUAAUAAUGGAACUGAAGCACUUGUAUGCCUUAGGAUUGAUUAGAGACUUGGUUAUGGAAGGAGACAUCACUGAUUUUGCCACGUUAUAUCCGGCAGCAGGACAAGAAGAUAAAAUGGUGUGUGCUGCUUUGAUUUUGGGAUUUACUCUACUGGCCUUCGCAGAUUAUACACAGACUGGUAGAGAAAGACGCUUAAAGGAGCUGAUUGAAAAAUGUCGUGCAACUGGCGUGCCGCUACCCCAUGAACAUCAAGCUCAGCCUGAUCAUCCCUUGACAAAUUGGCUUCAGUGUGUUUCGGCUUCACUUCAUGAGCUCAAGCUAUAUGUGCAAGCAUUGAAGGACGCUAUAAACUGCUUUUCUACAAAUAAUAUUGAAAGCAUAGUCAACGGACUUAAUUACUUAAUUCGUCAGGAUCAGGUACAUGACCAGCAUCACCACCAUGAGCCUAGUUGCCACCACCAUGAGCCUAGUGACCACCACGAGCCUAGUGACCACCACGAGCCUAGUGACCACCACAACGAGCCUAGUGACCACAACCAAGAGCCUAGUGACCACCAUGAUAUUGUUCAUUCUCAGGAUAUUGUUCAUAUAUAUGAUUACAAUAUUGAUUAUAUUUAUGAUUGUGAUACUGAUCAUAUCUAUGACUAUGAUUUUGAUUAUCCUUAUGACUAUGAUAUUGAUCAUGGUCAUGAGGAUGAUCAAUAUCAUGGUCUUCCUCUUGACUAUGAUAUUGAUCAUGGUCAUGAGGUUGAUCAAUAUCAUGGUCAUGAGGAUGAUCAAUAUCAUGGUCAUGAGGAUGUUCAAUAUCAUGGUCAUUCUCCGGAUCAUUCCCAUGGUCAUCAUGAUGAUCAUGAAUGAUAAAAGGUUUUCCAACUUUUCAGAAGUUUCUGCAUUUUUUGUUAGAAAAAAAUUUCUUUUAAUAUGAACUUUAUUAUCUAGAGCUUAAUUUAAGUUUUUAUCUGCAUAGAUGUCUUUUGAUAUAAGAUUAAAUUAAUAAGAAUACAAAACGAAAUCAAUAGAUGGAAAUAGCAUUUUAUCUUUCUUACGAAAACGUAAGGUGAAAGUAUGAAAAUAAUGUAUGGAUACUGCUGAUUUUAAAUGUAC